AUGUCUCGCCGGGAGUCUCCGCCGCCCUCGCCGCCUCCUCCGCCGCCGCCGCAGCUGCUGGGGGGGGUGCAGCGGGGGGAGGACCGGCCGGAGCGAGCAGAGCCGCUGACCGACGCCGAGCGGGAGAUCAUCCAGGACACGUGGGGGCUGGUGUACAAGAACUGCGAGGACGUGGGGGUGUCCGUGCUCAUAAGGUUCUUUGUGAACUUCCCGUCAGCCAAACAGUACUUCAGCCAGUUCCAGGACAUGGAGGACCCAGAGGAGAUGGAGCGAAGCAGCCAGCUUCGGCACCAUGCCCGCAGGGUGAUGAACGCCAUCAAUACUGUGGUGGAAAACCUCCAUGACCCAGAGAAAGUGUCUGCAGUGCUGGCCCUGGUGGGGAAGGCUCAUGCUAUCAAACACAAGGUGGAGCCCAUGUAUUUUAAGAUCCUGAGCGGCGUGUUGCUGGAGGUGUUUGCUGAAGAUUUCCCUGAAUUCUUCACAGCAGAGGUGCAGAUGGUGUGGACCAAACUGAUGGGGGCAGUGUACUGGCAUGUCACAGGGGCCUACACAGAGGUGGGCUGGCUCCAGGUCUCCAGCUCAGCGGUUUGA